GUUAAAAUUUUUUUACAUCGUAUAUUUUUAACAGAUCGCAUGAAAAAGCGAGAUUUAACGAGAAGUUAACGGCCAUGGCAAAGAGAAAUUAAAAUGGCGGACAUAGGCACACCUAGUAGGCAUGAGAAAAGUUUAGGGCUAUUAACAACAAAAUUUGUGUCUCUACUACAAGAAGCUAAAGAUGGUGUUCUAGAUUUGAAAAUGGCAGCAGACACGCUUGCUGUGCGACAAAAAAGAAGGAUUUAUGAUAUAACCAAUGUACUGGAAGGGAUUGGAUUAAUCGAAAAGAAGUCGAAGAACAGUAUUCAGUGGAAGGGGGCAGGACCUGGAUGUAACACUAGGGAAAUCUCUGAACGUCUAGUGGCUUUAAAAGAGGAACUUCGCCUGCUUGAACAGACAGAAGAAGAACUCGACCUCCACCACUGUUGGGCACAGCAGAGUAUUCGAAAUAUCACAGAAGACCAAACAAAUUUCCAGCUAGCCUACGUCAGUCAUGAUGACAUCUGUCGUUGUUUCGAAGGUGAUACUCUACUAGCAAUACAAGCCCCUUCGGGAACUCAGUUGGAAGUGCCUCUACUAGAGGAGUAUGGAUCACAGAAGAAGAAAUAUCAGACUCAUCUGAAGUCAAAUUCUGGACCUAUUAAUGUCCUACUGGUAAAUAAAGAAAGUGAUUCAUCCAGUCCUGUUGUAGUUCAGGUCCCCCCUCCUUGUGAAGAUCCAAAUGAUAUGUCGUCAACUUUAAAUACAGAAGACAAUGGUUCUCUGACUGCUGCUUCAUCAUUGGAAGAACAGAUGACACCAUCUUCAAAUACUCGUGCUUCUGCCCGACAGUUACAACAGCAACAAGUGUCAUCCCCAAAAUCUACAACAGAACUGAUAGAGGAAUUGAUGGAAGUUCAAGCUAGCUCUUGCCCACCAGUCACACGUAUGUCUACAAGACAGUCACAAAGGAAAUCAAACCAACGGCAAACUGGAACUUCCAGUAGGAAAACGGGGAAGCUAGAAACUUCUCAAACGCCUGUUGAAGCCAGUGCUAAAAUAGAAAUCACUGCAGAUGGAGCCACUGGAAGUGUGGAAAAAGAGACAAAAGAACUUUCAGAUGAAUUCUUAGAUCCUACUAAAGUUACGGCCAUUGACCAGGAUUUCCUUGAUGAACUGAUAUCCUCAGAUAUGUUUUCUCCAUUACUGAGGCUUAGCCCACCUCCCAGUGACAGAGACUACUGCUUCAACCUGUGUGACACUGAGGGUGUCUGUGAUCUAUUUGAUGUACAUAUGAUUCCCUUUUGACUUGUAGAGUUGAAUGUGGUUUCAUUGCAUUUAUUAUUACAUAAUACCUCAUUUUCCUGUUUGAGGAAAGGACACACAAGCAGCAACUGGUUUGUUUCAGAUGUCUUUCUGGUCAUUUUGGUCAGUGUGAGAUAUAUUUAUGUAAUGUUACUGAGAAAAUUUUGUUAACAAAUAGACUCCUGUUUCAUCAUUUUUUCCACUCAUUUUGGACUCUGGAUCAUUUGCGUCUGAACAAUGAUGUCGUGAACAACAGAACUCGGUGUGAUUAAUUCAAUGUUAAUGGUGGGCACUGUCCGAUUAAGUGUCAUCAGUACUUCAGGUAUUAGCGCUUUUCAUCACAUGGCAUGGUCAUGUCAGAUAUUGAUAUCAGUUCAGAUGUUGUUAAUAUGGUCACAUUAUCUGUUUUUGAUUCUUUAUAUGGUCAGUUCAAGUGAUAUUAAAGAAGAAUGUUAUAUAUAACACUGUCGUGAAGUAGGUACCAAAUCAAUGGUUGACUAAAAUAUAUAUAUAUAUUUAAGAACAUUUUUUUAUUUUGUUUUUCUUGUAUAUGUAGCUUUUUAAAAUUAAUUAAGCAGACACGUUGAUAUUCAGUAUAUUUGUGUUUUGUUUUAAAUGUCCAAGUUUUGUUAUCCACUCGGACUUUUUUAGCAUUAGGAAGUUUUAAUAAACAUGCGUUAAAGACGUCUUUAAGCACGUACUGACGGGUGUUAUAACUUAUGCCAUGUAACAUCUACACCGAUAUGUUUUUUAUAAUAAUGAUGAAUAAGUUUCACAUUGUAUGUUUUAACAGGAACAGAGUUGUAGUUUUCAUAAUUGUAGAUAUAAUGGUGAAGUUAUAAUAAUUAUUGUAAACACUUUCUGUGGAGAAGGCUUUUCAGAAGAUUUUUUCUUUAUAUAUAUAUAUACACACACAUACCAGAUAGUAUAAAAUACAAGUUACCAUUUCAUGGUAUUACUAAGGGUAGUUUAUCUUUUCCUUACAGUGUUUGCUCCCUCUAUCUUUUUUUUUUUUUUAACAACUGGCAGGAAAUUAGUUUUCAAAAAUAACUUGAUAGAAAACAGUUACCAUAGGCUUGCUUUAAUUCUUUCACUAUAAAGUACGUUUUUUUUUGAGGAUUAUUAAAGUCAUGCUUUAGAGAUUGGUAAUUCAAGUGUACAAACAACAACAAAAUUUCGACAUAUUAAGAAUAUUUAACCAACACUACAAGUAUAUUUUCAAUCACGAUCUUGGGGCAGCAUUGAAUGUAUUAAAAUUUGUUUAGUAAUCUGAUUGAACUAUAACAAAUAUAAAAUAGUUAAAAUUUGGUAAGAGCCGUAAGGUGUUAUGCAUAAAACAGGAGUACUCUCCAUACGUCGGCUAUAUUGCAUUUAUAGACAUCAAAGGAGUUAUUUAGUUCCUAGUUAGUGAUGUAAAUAUUGCUUGUAAGUUUCCUUAGAGAUGUAUAUAAAAGUAAAUGAAAAAAAAACAACAUUCCAGAACAGUAAGUAUCGGAAAGCAUUUUAGUGUCAUUCUUCUAUACAAACAGCUUAGUGUUCCCGUUGAUGAUGUAAAGAGUUUGGGUGUAAGUUUUUGGAAGAUAUUAUUAAAUGUUCAGAAACAGACAUAAAACAACUCACUUUGUGACCCCGGAGAAUGGUGGAAUAUAUUCUAGUUUGGGUUUGAUGUACAACGCUAGAUUUCUGAUAUCAUUAAGCUCCUUUUGUAGGCAUCAAAACUAUUACUUGUAUCCAGGAUAUAUACUUCCAGGGAUUCCUGCUAGAAGAAAUAUAUUAAUGUCUGUCGAAAGGUAAUGGGGAGGGGGGCAUUUUGAAGAAGGUCGUAAAAAUGACAAGUCAAAAAAUUCCAUGUCCUGCUUCAUCACUUUUUGUAAUUUUUUGUCAAGUAGUGCCGAGGCAUUUUCCACAAACAUGACAAUGUGUUACUUGUCUUACAGUUAUAAUACACAGUGCUGUUUGAUACAGUGACCAAAAAUAAUUAGCCACAGCACUGAACAUAAUGCAAAGUUGAGCAGUUACCCAAAAAUUGGGGUCUCUCAUUAUUGAUUUUCAUAAGUGAGUAACGACCUUCAACUAUAGAAUAUCAGGGCAAGUUUUCAUGCAAUUACAGAAUGACUUGGGGGGGGGGGUGGAGAAAUCCUUGGAUCAUCCAGGGGAAAACAUUUGUUUACCAGGUAUAAUAAUGGGGUCAUGCGAACUGUGACUUCACAUCAGAUUUUUUUACAACUUAAUAAAUAAAAUAUUGUGAAUAAAUAGAUGAAUUUGCCUUAACUUAGGUUUUGUUUCCAUAGUGCUGAAUGGGGAAAUUUUACACUCAAUAUACAGCACAAUAUGUUGCAGCUUUGUCAUCCAUAGUUAACCCCAUUUGUGAAUAAACUAAUCAACAAAUUAACCUUAACUUAGGUUUUGUUUCCAUAGUGCUGAAUGGGGAAAUUUUACACUCAAUAUACAGCACAAUAUGUUGCAGCUUUGUCAUCCAUAGUUAACCCCAUUUGUGAAUAAACUAAUCAACAAAUUAACCUUAACUUAGGUUUUGUUUCCAUAGUGCUGAAUGGUGAAAUUUUACACCCAAUAUACAGCACAAAAUGUUGCAGCUUUGUCAUCCAUAGUUGACCCCAUUUGUGAAUAAACUAAUCAACAAAAUCACCUUAACUUAGGUUUUGUUUCCAUAGUGCUGAAUGGUGAAAUUUUACACCCAAUAUACAGCACAAUAUGUUGCAGCUUUGUCAUCCAUAGUUAACCCCAUUUGUGAAUAAAUUAAUCAACAAAAUAAAGAAAAUUAUUUCAAGUAUAGAUGCACUUAAUGAUUAAAAUAUAAUCUUCAGUAUCCUGAACUUAACCGUAGAUUGGUGCUUCAUCAGUUAUAUCAACAGUACUGUAAUCAUAAGAAUAUUAGAGUUAUUGGUCUGUACAGGAUUUUUCUUUUAUCAACUACUACUAUUUAACUACAGGAGAUCGUGGACUAGUCAUCGUAGGCCACAACAAAUAUUUGGAAUACGUUUUAAACCUGAUAAUGAGCUACAAAAUCACAGUAAAAUAACCUGUAAUUUUAAACUCUUCAUUCUGAAAUGUAUACUUUAACAGUGUAUCAUUUACAGUCUCUUUUAUUUAGUUUUGAGAGUAAGAUUAGAAACUGAACCUUCACUUUUCCUUGUGAUGCCUUAGGUAUUUAUUAAUGCAGUAGAAGUACAUAAAAUGUUUAUAUAGUCACCUUUGUUGCAUAAACCGAAACUGUUGAGAAAAAACACAGAAAUGACUGAGUUGCAUAUGAGGUAUUCUGCAUACACAGUUUAAAAUAUAUAUAUAACUCGUUUGAUAUAUGUUUCUUGUAUCUGUACUGAAUGCAAUGCAGCUUUAGUAACUUACCUUGAAUUUUACCUUUAAUCGUGUUGCAUACAUCUCGUUAAAAGUACCUGAUGAGUGUUAAAAUGUGAACUAGAUUGUGUUUUUACUACCAUGAAAAAGUCUUUGUUAAACUUUUUAAAACAGUGAUGUGUAGGAAGGGGUUUGUACCCCCCCACUAGCAAAUUGAAGAUGACUGUUGUAUGCACAAACAGUGAUAUUUCUUUGUAUAAGUAUGUUUAACCUAAGGAGAUGAAAACGUGGACCAAAGUUACCAUAGUGAAACAAACUGUUGAAAAUAUGAAGUUUUUUUUUUUAUAAUAUAUUAAAAUGUGGUCAGUGUGAAGAAAUUUAAUUUACACAUAGCUUACAAAAACACUUAACUUCAUCUGAUAUUUUUUGCUCCUUGACCGAUUUUAAUUAGAAAAUUCAUCAUUUCUCUGAGUAAGUUAUUUAACUCGUUAACUCAAAAAAUAGUUAAAAAGUUGUCCAAUUGCUUUUUGUAUGUUGGAAACAACAUAUUCUUAUACUUUAAUAAAGUAUUUAUUAACUGUUAGUUUAAAAUUCUUUAUUUUGGCUAAGAAGAAAAGUAAGUCGUAAUCUAAACAAGCAUACCUCAACCGUUUCCAUACCAGAGACUGGUGCUGUCGCCCUAGAUUAGCUGGAAUCAAUAAAAUGCAAGUAUAAUUAAAAACCAUUACAGAAUAUAUAUAUAUAUGAAUAUUCUUUCAAUUUUUGUUUGUAUAUUUGUUUUCUGGAAAUCCCACAGGCUGGUAAGGUGGCAGUCCACAGACUGAGGGUUGAGAAACACUGAUGUAAGCUAUUCUGCCACAUAUAAUUGAAUACUAAGAGAGAUAUUUUAUACACAAAACAGUACAUAUAGAUCUCCUAAUAAGUUCAUUUUUAAAACUUAACAUUCUUUUAAGAGUUUCUUUUAUAAUAGCUAUAAAACAUUAAAAUUUGAUGUUUUCAAGUUGUAAGGAUCAUUUUUUGUUCCAUGUACAUGUUUAGACAUGACGUACAGAAAGUUUCAGAAUUUGAAGGAUUUAUAUCGUUAAAACAUCUCUACUGUUUUUGGUUUGUAAAGGUCCUUUGUAGUUGUUGAUUUUAACCCAUUACUACAUUUUCAUUCUACAUGAUACCUUGGUAAAGUUGAAAUGAGUGUGUGUUUUGUGUAAUAAAAAAUACUGACUUUGUUGCAA